UAUGAACAAACAAGCAUUUAUUUCUCUACUGUUAUCUAUAAGACUUACUCCCUCUGCAUGUGGUUAGACUUUCUUUGUUUGGGUUUUGUAAUUUUUACUCCAUAUUGUGUCAAAACCAGCCUUCACUUCCCUUGCAGUACAGUGCACAAUAGAUAGGGCAGGCUUCUUUGUGUCCACACAGAUUCUUUCCUUUGCUGAGGGUAGGCGGAAACUGAGGCGCUUGAUCUGAAUUCUAAAGGGGCUUGUUGUAUCUAAUAAAAGCAGCUAUUGUAUGUAAAUUAUUCACACGAGCAUAUGACUCCGACUGUGCAGGGCAGUGGCUAGUGUGAGAGAAAUCAUUAGCAAUGCAAACUCAUGGUGUUCUGGUUCACAGAUUCACUAAUGGGAAGAAAUCCAUCUAUACUGAUGGUAACUCAAUUGUUUCUGGGCGUGUUUGUGCACUACUUCUACUGAAGACCUGGAAUCGAAAAUGAACUGGGCGUCCUUUUAUGCCGUCAUCAGCGGUGUAAACAGACACUCCACGGGCAUUGGUCGCAUCUGGCUCUCUGUCCUUUUCAUCUUCCGUAUCCUGGUCCUGGUGGUUGCAGCAGAGAGUGUGUGGGGUGACGAGAAGUCCGGCUUCACCUGUAAUACCCAGCAGCCCGGCUGCAACAGCGUCUGUUAUGACCACUUCUUCCCCAUCUCACACAUCCGUCUGUGGGCCCUGCAGCUCAUUCUGGUGUCCACCCCAGCCCUGCUGGUGGCCAUGCAUGUGGCCCACCGCCGACACAUCGACAAAAAAAUCUACAAGCUGUCUGGCCGGGCCAACCCCAAGGAACUGGAGCAAAUCAAGACCCAGAAGAUGAAGAUCGCAGGUGCCCUUUGGUGGACAUACAUCAUCAGCCUCUUCUUCCGCAUCAUCUUUGAGGUGACCUUCAUGUAUCUCUUCUACAUGAUCUACCCUGGCUAUAAGAUGAUCCGGCUGGUCAAGUGUGACUCGUACCCCUGCCCCAACACAGUGGACUGCUUUGUGUCCAGGCCCACAGAGAAGACCGUCUUCACUGUGUUCAUGCUGGCUGUGUCAGGGAUCUGCAUCCUGCUCAACAUCGCAGAGGUGGUCUUCCUAGUGGGAAAGGCCUGUAGUAGGCACUUAAGCAAUGCUGGAGACUCAACCAUGGGAGCAUGGAUCACCCAAAAGCUCUGCUCCUACUAGAACAAGCUAAAUGGACCAACACUGUGUAACUGUAAUUGGGCACAUAUGUUCAAAGCUCAAAGUAAUGGCCAUAACAACAUUAAUUAAUGAGGUGUUCACACUUUUUCUAUACUUGUUGAAAUGACGCUUCAAAUAGAUAUGACUCAAAGGACAAUUUCAGUUUGGAUAUAGAACAAGCUCCAGAAAAGGAGACUGAAGAAAAGUAUGGUAACUGAUUUAUUAACAGUCCCUUACCUUGUAACGUCUCAAAUUUAGCUGAAUUCAAUAUGCAGUCACCUUCGAUAUGCUCUGCAAGAUACAAGCAACUAAACCGACUCAUCAUCCAUUCUGUAUUAUGAUUCAUAAAUAGUUUUCAAUUCCUGAUAGACAUUUUAAUCACUGAUAAUGUGGUAUCAUUAGGACAAAGCAUUGGUACCCCUUGUUUAUUAUAAAUAGUAACCCAAGAAAACUGUCCAAGUGAUGAAUUUAACCAACAUUUGGUGGUUGUGGUGGAGUAUUACUAAUAACUAUGAGGCUAUUCCAAAGCACUACUAAUAACUACCUCACUUUCAUAGUGAAAUAUCAAGUGCUUCAAAACAUCCACAUAGUGUUUUGAAUGCUAUGAAUGAGACUGAUUAUGCAAGUGUAUAGAGUAAAAUAGAAUAGUGAAUGAGAAAAUGUGCUUAGUUGAAGUUACAAUGAAAGAACCAAAUGAUUAAUCUUCAUGUCUAUCUCAUUAUUCUUCUUACUAGAUACUGCAUUGCUGCUUUAAAACUGUUGUGUGUGUGAGAGAAAGGAUAAUAUAUGUUUAGAAUUUGUGGUACUGUAAAGUUUUUACUUCACAUGUAAGAGAUUACAAAAACGGUAACUGUAAUCCGUUACAUUACCAGCAAA